CAAAAGCAACCUCCGGCAACAUGGCGACGCUCAUAGAAGGAAUUAUGAUAGCAGCGAUGAAUGUUUUCCUCAACAGCCUAUCGCUCCAGGUGGUGGUGGCCCUGAUCGUCGGUAGCCUGCUGUCAAGCACGUUCAAGUACCAUGCGAAAAUGUUUAUCAUCGUACUGAUGUCGUUCCUGGUGCUGGUCGUCCCAAUACCACUGUUUCUUUUCAAACCUCGCUGGCCGCUGAACGCUCUCAUUCCUGGCAUCGUGGCAUGUGCAUUCAUUCGGCUGUUCGGUGUGGAGUACGAAAUCCGAGGACAGGAGCAUAUUAACGUUCGCAAUGGUGGCGUGGUACUACUCAAUCAUCAAAGUGCAAUCGAUAUAGUGAUGCUAUCCCGACUGCUGCGGGAGUUCCGUAACAUAGUGCCGGUGGUGAAGAAGGAACUGUUCUACAUGCUGCCGUUCGGUAUUGCGUCCUAUCUCGUGGGGGUCGUGUUUAUCGAUCGCAAAAAUACCGCCUCCGCGAAGGAUGUGAUGAAGCGGGAAGCGGUCGCCAUUACCAAAGACCAUCUUAAACUGGCCAUUUUCCCUGAAGGUACGCGGCACGACAAUGACACGCUACUGCCGUUCAAGAAGGGUUCAUUCCACGUUGCCGUCGAUUCGCAAUCCAUCAUUCAGCCCGUGAUCGUGUCCAAGUACCACUUUCUCGACCACAAGCGCAAACGGUUCGGGCGAGGUCGUGUCAUUAUUAAGAUUAUGCCCGAAAUCCCGACCAAGGGUAUGACAAAAGCGGACGUUAACGAGCUGACCGAACGGUGCCAACAGCUGAUGCAGACGGAGUUCGAUGCGCUCAGUGCGGAAGCGAAACAAUACUGCCAUAACUGAGAGGUGC